UUUGUGGUAGCGGGCUGCUGGGAAGACAGCGCUCUUGGCUGGUGGGAGUGUGUUGCUUACUUUUUUUGGUAUUCUUCCCCUUUAAAACCCACGCUGCCCUGGCGGUGGGAUUAUCUGGGCUCCAUGGAAAAAGUCUGCGGAGCGGGGAGAGAGGGGGGCACUAGCCGAGCCAGAGAAGAGGGAUCAUGGCGGCACCUCUCGGGCGGGACACCCUACCUGACCACUGGUCGUACGGAGUUUGCAGAGAUGGACGGGUCUUCUUUAUUAACGAUAAAACUCGUAGCACCACUUGGCUACAUCCGCGCACCGGCGAACCUGUUAACUCGGGACACAUGAUACGUUCAGAUUUGCCGAGGGGAUGGGAAGAGGGCUUCACGGAAGAAGGAGCCAGUUACUUCAUCAACCACAACUUGAGGAGCACGUCAUUUCGGCAUCCAGUGACUCGACAGAUUUCACCUGAAAACAUAGAAUACACCUUACAAGACAGGAUAGACGCCCGCAUGUCCAAGCUAACGGCCAAUCAGAGGUCUCCCAGCAUGGUCACAGAGUCCUCCAGGGCUGUGACCCCAGCUGCAGUGGAUGUCACCUCAGGAUCAAAGACCUCCAGAGGAACUGGAAAACUACACGGCUUUGGCAAAAGGGAUCACGCUAUUAAAAGAAACCUCAACAUCCCAGUGGUAGUAAGAGGCUGGCUCUACAAACAGGACAGCUCUGGAAUGCGGCUGUGGAAACGGAAGUGGUUUGUUUUGUCAGACUACUGCUUGUUUUACUACAAAGACAGCCGAGAAGAAACAGUGCUGGGAAGCAUCCCUCUGCCCAGUUAUGUCAUUGCACCAGUCGAGUCUGAAGACCACAUAAACCGCAAAUAUGCUUUCAAGGCAACCCACACUGGAAUGCGCUCCUACAUUUACAAUAAGAACUCUGUGAUUGGCUCGCAGGCAGAGCACUGCGGGAUGCGGACGUAUUUCUUCAGUGCGGACACACAGGAGGACAUGAAUGGCUGGAUCCGGGCCAUGAACCAGGCUGCGCUAAUGCAGCAGAGUCACACCAUAAAGAGAGAAUUGGAAAAGCCUGUACAGCAAGCAGUUCCACAGACCAACCAUGUCCACAAUGCUCAGAACUCAUUAAAGUCCAACAGCGCUCACAGUACAGACAGAGGAGAACCUCAGGAUAAUGGGAUCAGACUGGCUCACGGGGAUGAGGGGAAGUAUGGACUGGAGAUCCAGGGGAAACCCAGCCAUGCAGCCCCUCAGGAAAGACUAGAGAGACUUUCACCAGACACUGUCAGUGGAGCCGCCCACAAAAACGGACAGCAGGCUGUGAUACAAGUGACUCUACCACCAGAGCAAAACGGAAGUGUUAUCUAUCAGAGGGGUUUUGUUUCACGGGCUGACUCUGGGAAACAUGUUCAGAGGAAAGAUACUCUGGCUCAGGUGGAGCAGUGGGUCAAAGUUCACAAAAGCGACCCGACAAAGAGUGCUCCCUCCGCUGAGUAUAACCUCCUUCGGCAGACUCCUCCUUUAAAGCCCAAAUCCAGCACAACAGAUGCUACUUAUCAGUCGUUACCAAAGUCUCCUCGCCUUCUGUCCGGCAGUAGCUCCCCUCCAGCAACGUGCAACCUGCCCAGUGACUACAAGUAUGCCCAUGACCGGCUAAGUCACUUCCGCAUGUCCACCGAUGAGCGAACGGCCACGAAGGAAGGGAUGGUGUGGCAGCUCUACGAGUGGCAGCAGCGGCAGCAGUUUCGUCACGGCAGCCCCACCGCUCCCAUUUAUACUGGCCCUAAUUUCACAGACUCCUCGUCUUUCAGAGUUACAGUGGAGAUGCCACGCUCCAUUUCUGUCCCUCCAUCUCCUUGUGAAGUGCCACCAUCAGUCCCUUGCUCUUUUAAACCUCUGUCACCACGCAGGCCACACACACCUUCAGACAGACGCACCGUCCGACCCCUGGAUGAACUGGGACUGGAAGACAACACAAUAUCCAGCUCCCCUGGCAAUAUAUGUGCCCACCUCUCUCAGACUUCCCAAAUAGAGAGAAGGUCCGUGCCAACUAUGGGCUACAUCACACACACUGUCAGCGCUCCCAGUUUGCAUGGCAAAACGCCAGAAGAGUUGACUCUGCUCCUCAUUCAACUGCGGAGGCACCAGGCCAAGAUGGCUGGUGUGCAUAGCCCCAGCAGUGCGUUCGCUCACCUGCAACACCACCAGCACAACGGCCUUCUAGGCCCCGGCAUGCAGGCUGAUGAUACUUACAUACAACUGAAGAAGGACCUGGAGUAUCUAGAUCUGAAGGUCACUGGACCGGAGAGUUUCAAAAAAGAGAGACCUUCGAGGCCUUUGAAAAUAGCAGAAAGUGAUGCGGAUGUUAAACUAAGUCGACUUUGUGAACAGGACAAGAUUCUACAGGAACUUGAAGCAAGGAUACGCAGUUUAAAGGAGGACAAGGACAAGUUGGAAUCUGUGCUGGAUGUUUCCCACCAGCAGAUGGAGAAGUAUCGAGAUCAGCUGGCUCACGCUGAGAAAAUUGCCUAUCAGCAGAAAUUGUUGCAAGAAGAUGUGGUCCACAUCAGGGCUGAAAUAUCUCAAGUGUCCACAGAGAUGGAGAACGCAUGGAACGAGUAUAACCGACUGGAGAGAGAUGUGGACUGGCUGAAAUCAGCCCUGCAGGGACAGAUGAGCCGCAAUGAUCUUUCUCAGCAGGAGAAAGUUCAGCUCAGAAAAGAACUAUGGAGGAUCGAGGAUGUUAUUGCAGGACUAAGCACCAAUAAAGCUAAUUACAAAGUCACAAUUGCUUCUGUUACAAACCCAGAGAGAAAAUUUGUGCCGUCAGUGCCAGUAUCAUCAGUGCCUUCUGUGUCUGGGAGCCAGACCGCUGCAGAGAUGAGAUCGUCCCAGCAGCAGCAGCAGCACAACCCCCACCUCAGCCAUGACCCCACCCUUACCUCCAGUUCCAGCCAACAGCCAUUACACCACUCUACAACCAUCUUCAGUGGCUUCAAAUGGAGUGAAGAAGAUGUGCCUCCCAGACCUCCUCUACCUCAGCUCUACAGUCCAGAGGAGCAUCCUCCCGCUGUGCCGCCGUUGCCCCGGGAGACGACAGUCAUCAGACACACCUCUGUGCGUGGCCUCAAGCGACAGUCUGACGAACGCAAAAGAGAUCGAGAGAUCGGCCAGUUCACAAACGGGGACAGUAAGGUGGAACUGCGGCCUUUCCUGAGUGAUCCAGAGCUCAUAGGAGCCGGAGACGGCUCCAGCCACAGCAAUGUUGUAGCAUCUGGGCAUGAUGGAGGUUACCAGACAUUACCAAGUAGAGGAGCAGCUAGCUCCUCGCUGAGGGUGAACCAGUCUUCGAGCAUCUCCUCAUAUGUGACUAUUCGAAGAUCAACUUCAGCAGCUGGUGUGACGGAGAGACCUAAAAGUGCCUUGGAGCGUCUGUACACGGGGGACAAGGUGCAGCAGCAGCAGAGGGGGAAGAUGAGCGCCGAUGAGCAGCUGGAGAGGAUGAAGAGGCACCAGAAGGCCCUCGUCCGCCAGCGCAAACGCACCCUGAGUCACGGAGACCGCCACGCAUCUCCAACGUUGCGUGCUUCUUCUUCCUCGCGCCCGCUCUCGGCAGACUUUGGAUCAUGGAAGAGAGAGCAGGAGUUUGACCUGCAGUUACUCGAGAGGGCCGUUCAGGGGGAGGAAGCUCAGGUUAGGAGUGUCCAGGGGGAGGAAAGACCCCCUGAGCACAAAGAGAAAUCCCGCUCAUACUCUGAUGAAUGGCUGACCUUUCACUCCACGGCCACAACCCCCCCCACGCAUGAGGUUGACCUGGAGCCGCUGGAGUAUGACCUGGACCUAAACAAAGAGCUGUCCAAGCCUCAGAAAGUGACGAUCCCAGAGCGCUAUGUGGAUUCAGAGCCCGAGGAUCCACUUAGUCCACAAGAAGUGGAAGAACGUCAUCGGAAGGUGGAGCGCAUAAAAAGCAUUUUGGCAAAGUCAAGCGUGCAAAACAUAGCCCCAGCAGUGUCUGUGGAGAAGCCUGAGGCGGGUCUGGUGGCGCUUGACUCUGCUCUGCAGGAGCAGGAAAGGAUCAUCACCAUGUCAUACGCUCUCGCCUCAGAGGCUUCGCUCAAGAGCAAACUCGUGACAGUUCCACCACAGGUUAACAUGCCCACCCCUCCUCCCCCGCCCCUUCCUCCUCCUCCGCCGCCUCCUCCUCCUCCUCCACCUCCUCCUCUCCCUCCUGUAUCCGUGGCACCUCCCUCUCCUCUAAACAACGGGAUUCACUACACUUUUGUCUAAUGUGAAAAAAACAAACUCAAGCAAUUUCUGGACAAUGAGGUGCUACUUCACAAACAAACAACUGACUUCUCCAAGAAGAGAGGACGUUCUUUUACUUUGGACACCUUUAAAUGCAGCAAUAGAAAAAAAUGGCAGAACUGUUUUAACCUGAGGCUUACUCAGGACUCACUCUUCUAAAGUGUUUCUUGCUGCUGAAAGCAUUUUCUGGAGACAGGCUGAAGCUAUGAGAGCUGAUGUGCUUAUUAACUAUGAAAGUGUAUAAUAUGUUAAACUCAUAAAUAAUAAAAAGUAUUUUCUACAAUUUA